AUGGAGUGGGGUAGCCACUCAGAGAGUUUUGUCAUGGAGGGUGUCCUAAUGCAGCUGUGUGUCCAUGUUUGAGUCUCUUAGGGAGGCCAGAACCAAAAGGGGGACCAAACCCAGCCCCAAGAUAAGGCCCAGUCACAGCACUCGGCUGAGGCCACCAAGAACAGCCAGCUGUGGAGUGGAGUGUUUGGUAUCACUCUGGUAGAGGGACAGGACAUGCCUGAAAAUGGCCAGGGGGACGUCUAUGUGCGCUACAGGCUGGGAGAGCAGAGGUACAAGAGCAAGGUGAGCUUCUUUCUCUAUAUAGCAAUUUCUCCUUGUUUUUUUUGCUUCCUCCCUUCCUUUUCUCUUCCACUACCCUUUGCACAUGCUCUCCACCCUCCUUUCAUCCCCCACUUUCUCUCUCUCUCUGUCUCUCCCUUUCUCCUUCUCUCCCUCCCUUUCUCCCAGCAGGUGCCUGUCAGUGGCUCACCUCCACCUUGGCUCACUGGGGCAUUGCAGAGCAGCUCAUUAGACUAGGUAUCUCUGCCACUGUACAAUCUCCCCACUACGCUCUCCUUCAGGUAGAGGGCUUCACUAUGCUUCACUUGAUUUGCAUACCCAGCAUGCCCUGCUCAUCUACCUCUACUUGUUGGCCUCCCCCCUGAUGAUUCCGCAGUGCGCCAGUCUUGUGUUCUCAUGUCAUUUCUCUGUAAACCUCUCUGGUUUCGUUUCGGCUUGUUUGUUGAACAAAGCUAAUUCUAAUUGGAUGCUGUCAGUGUUUACGAUCCCAGAGAGGAGGCUGAGGUGCACUCACACAAAAAACCCUCCUCUCCUCUCCCCCGCCCCGUCCUGGUCGCACUGAAUGAAGACUUAAUCCACCUGUCAUGUAGUCUCUGCUCACUGUGACACUGCAUUAAACCUGACACUGCUCCACACCAGGCUCUGUGUGUGUUUGUGCCAGUGCCCACUCACACUACAGUACUGUAUAAGCACUCUGCUCUUUCUCUCUCCCCCAGAACCUGUGCGUUCAAGCCAACCCUCAGUGGAGGGAGAUGUUUGACUUCAACAAGUAUGAGGACUGUCUGGAGCCACUGCAGGUGGAGGUGUUUGCUAAGAGAGGCAGGAAGAGCGAGGAAUCCUGGGGAAUGUGAGUAUUGAUUUGCUUGAUUCUGAUAGUUAGUGUUGUUUUUGUGGAAUGACUGCUGUUCUUUCAGAUAGACAUCUGCAUUGCUUGCUGUUCUGGGUUUUAGGCUGGGUUUCUGUAUAAGCACUUUGUGACAUCUGCUGAUGUAAAAAGGGCUUUAUAAAUACAUUUGAUUUGAUUUUGAUUCUUAUUAAGCAGUGAUAUUGAAGACUGAUCCCAUCUUUAUCUAGGUUUGAGGUGGACCUGUCCAGGCUGCCAGUAGCCACACAGCAGCUCUACACCCACGUCCUGGAUGAAGACAAGGGCAGGCUGGUGUUCCUGGCCACCCUCAACCCCUGCUGUGGGGUGUCCAUCAACGAAAUCAACAAACCUCCCCUGGAACAGCCAGACGAGAGGGACCAAAUACUGGAGAAAUAUGUUAGUACUUUUAGUGACAUAUUACUAUUUAUUCAUGCCACUUUUGACAUUUUACAUGCUAGAAUUAAUAUAAGUGCUACUAGCAGAUAAGUAAGUACAUUUCAAAAGCUCUCUAGGAAUACUAACUUGCAUUAAUACAUUUAACUAAGACUGUUUGUAUCAUUUUACUUUUGCAGAGUUUGAGGAACUCUCACAAAAGUUUGAGGGAGGUUGGCUUCCUUCAAGUCAAGGUUGUCAGUGCCACAGAUCUCACAUCAACUGACCUCAAUGGUGAUAUAUCACUCCACUUUUAACCAUUACCGUUUUAACUGGUUAAGAUGUAUGGCUAAGUUCAUCUACAUUUGCACACACAUUUUAACACAGCUUUGUUAAUUCUUUGCAGGGAAAAGUGAUCCAUUCUGUGUACUGGAGCUGGGGAACAGCAGGCUACAGACUCAGACCCUCUACAAAACACUCAACCCUGAGUGGAACAAAGUCUUUACAUUGUAAAUGUGUUUUUACUUGGUCUUAUAGUGUACUUUGUAUACAUUGAUGCAAAUUAAUGUAUUCCUUCAAAUCUGGACUAACUGGUUAUCUGUUGACAGCCCAAUAAAGGACAUCCAUGAUGUUUUAGAGAUGACGGUCUUUGGUGAAGACGGAGACAAAGCCCCUAACUUUCUGGGCAGAGUGGCCAUUCCAUUACUCACUGUAAGUUGGGGAUCCUUGGAUUCAUAAUGGGCUUAUAGUUCAUUCACUGACAUUGACAAGUCGUAAAACAUGUAAUGGAUCAGAGAAGGGCUAUUGAUUGUACUACAUUUUCCAACGCUACAGGUUCAGAAUGGACAGCAGGUCACCCGGGGGUUGAAGAAAGCGAACUUGGGGGGUCCGGCCAAAGGGACCAUCUCACUGGUGAUGGAAGUCCACUAUAACCCAGUAAGAAUUCACUGGCUGAUUCUAGCCUAGCUAAUGCUCUUUGACAGAUGACCCAAUCAUAUACCAUACUCACUGUAUACUGAGUUUUCCCAUUGCAUUGAGUUUCCUUUUGCUUUUGGAUUGGAUUUGUCUUUGACAAUUUGUAAUAUCUUUCUCAGGUUAGAGCUGGCAUAAGAACCUUCAAACCAAAAGAGGAAAAGUUCCUGGAGGACAACCCAAAAUUUGCCAAAAAGGUUUGUUUUAGCAAUGAAUUUUAGGCCUAUAUAAUCUAAAAUACAUAAUUUAUACACAUAAAGCAUGGUAGAUACAGUUUGUUGAAUGAAGGAGUGAAACGUGAAUACUGGAACAUGUCCCUCAUAUAACAGAAACAAAGCUGCCACAGGCAAGCAGCAUCAAAGCUUUGAUUGGUCAUAGUCUAACUAAUUGGCUUUAUUGGCUCCAGACAUCAAACUAAUAAAGCCACACAGUAGCAAAUAAGGCCUUGAGUAAACCUGAAUAAACCUGCGUAUGAAUCAUACACAUAAAGCUUUUAUCAAAUCAUGCUAACUGCCAUUUGCCAUCUGAUUUUCCCAUUAGGUCCUUGCCCAGAAUAUCUACAGAGUUCGGAAAAUCACCAUGGCAGUGCUGCAUACGUUACAGUACAUUAAAAGCUGUUUUCAGUGGGAGAGCAAGCGACAGAGUAUAAUAGCCUUCCUGGUAAGUCAUUGCCCCAUGUUAAUGAACUAGCGCUAAGCCUUGGGCUGUGCAAGUGGUAUCUCUGUCCUAUUUCACUGCAGAACAUUUUAACUCUUUCGUUUGUCUAUGUGAAAUAGAUGAUGGACAUUAUGGUUAGUCAGGUAUACGUAUCUAGAUUCUUGUUACUGUUUCUCAGUCACAUGCUUCCAAAGAAUCGAAGCUCCUGUCUUCAUCUCCAUUUUGCAUUUGAAAGUAAAGUAGAAGAUGUGCUCUAUCCUUUAAUUCAAACCCCACUUGUCUUCCUUCAGUGUUCUUCUGGCACUAUGGCUUUAUGUGAAGGGCUUCGGUUUGGUCAUCUGACUUCCUGGUAAAGCCCUCCCCCUGGGGACGGUGUUCGGAGGAUCACAGACUCUGCUCUUCUGUGUGGAGGAGGAUUGACAGUCGGCCUGGGAGAUUUGAACCUUGUAUAAAUGUCUCUGUUUAGCAGUUUUAAUGAGGCGUUGUGAUCUAUUGCACUAAGCUGAAAUAAUCUUUAUUUCACCCCAUGAAUUCCCCUUAAAGCACAUGUAAUGUCAUGAUUAAGAGCAUCCUCUUGCCAUAAACCCCUGGCAGCGUCAAGUCAGGGUGAGGAAGCGGUCACAGACAGAUCCCUGUCUUCACAGCCUUCAUUCCUCUCUAUGUUCUGUCUCGGGGCGACGUGCAUUUCAUACCUGGUGUAUUCUAUAAACCCUGCUCACUGAUCCUCAGGUGGAUAUCCCCUCAGGCAAUGGCCAGGCUCACCAUAUCAGAGCCUAUGGUACAGGUAUGGACACAGACAGACAGACAGACAGACAGACAGACAGACAGACAGACAGGCAGGCAGGCAGGCAGGCAGGCAGGCAGGCAGGCAGGCAGGCAGGCAGACAGACAGACAGACAGACAGACAGACAGACAGACAGACAGACAGACAGACAGAGUAUAUUGUAUGCAGGCGCAUAGACAGAUAGGCAGAGACUGGGAGGGAGAAAGGCAGGUAGUCAGCCAUGCGGGCGGCCAGGCAGUCAGGAAAGCAGGAGGGAAGGCGAGCUGACAGGUGACAGGUCAGCGGGAUAGGGCCGUCUCCUGGCCCCCACCUAUAAUUAGAUGCUGUGCAGGCCACCAGAGUGUGGUGGUCUUUCAUUUUCACUUAUACUACACCUGCUGUUCAAGACCAGCCCACAAAUAGGAGAUCAGGGGAGGGAAAAACAGGGAUUACUCUCUGGCAUACCUCUGCCAGAAAUGUGUACAUUACUGUAGUAUAAAUAGAUCUAAAUAUAUAUACUGUAAGUAGAUAAAUGUUUUGUUGAUUUUGUAUAUAAGCACAGUGCUCCUGUUGAAAGUAAGGACAUGUUUUCUGUGUGUUGUCUUAUCUUCAUUGUGAGGAAGAUGGACAGUUUGGUACCCAGGCAGUUCUAUUUAGAGACAGACACACUGCAAUAGAGCAGUCUGGCUAUCUGCAGUCCACUGAGCCCUAUGGCUUCCUCUGGAAUGAGGUGUGCUUCCCAAAGCGCUUGUGUCAAAGGUGUCUGCUGAGACUUGCCUGAGGAGAGAGUGAAUCAGCCUGCUGAUAAAUAAGUAGUGUUUAUCACCCACUCACCAGCAGAUAGAGUUAGACCGGAGAAAAGUUCUGAUUUCUAAUCAGGCAUCGCAUCCGCAACACCUCACUGCAUGAUGAGCAGCAACAAUUGUAGCCUGAAUAUGGCCUUCGGAUCGACAGUCAAAGAGAACUCCUGGGCGUGAGUAAAAACACAGACAGACAAAAUCCUUGCCAUGUGAGACGAGAGGGCAGCUGAGGGGCCUUGACAGCCAUUACAAGCCCAGUGGCGUACCACUACACAUGCUUGUGCCCUGGCCCUCAGCGGGGUCAGCCACAGCACAGCCACACUAGGGCCACUCCUCCUCACAACAAGUCCUCAUUUGCAAUUAAGUUUGUGUUUGGAGCUGUCUGAAGCAGCAUGCCACCGUGUGCCUUAAUGAAAGCAGCUCCCUCUCCUAUAUUUAUAUCUUUAGGCGCUGGUAAUAAGGUAACUGAUUCAGACACUGACAGAUGGCCUCUGCUUGCCUCUCAGAUGUGCAUAAUUAGAAGACGGUCUGCUCUUUUCUACAGCAGCACUCUGCCUCUGCUUCUCCUGCUUCUCAGAGUAUGCCGCUAGGAACGGCUGCAGU